CUUCCCUUCUCUCUCCGGCUCUGCAAAGUGUCAGCAGCGGGAACUUGUUGGCAAUGCCUAAUUUUCAAUCCCCACCAAGGUUUCCCAAAGUAACCAUUUAAGAUCUACACUCUCCAAUGGUUUUAUUCAAUGUAGGAUGGGACUUCAGUUAAACGGCAGAUGUAUUCUUUUGGUCCUCGCUGUGCAGCUAGCAUACCUGGUUCAGGCGGUGAGGGAUGCAGGCAAUUGUGAUAAGGUCUUUGAGGGCUUAUCGAACUGUAUGAUGGAUAUGGGAAAGAAAAUUGGACCCUUCUCCCAAAGCCUGGAAGAACAGAAAAACGCCGACACCAUUUGCGAAUAUUGGAAUGAUUUCCACUCCUGUGCUGUCGCAGUCCUCGUAGAUUGUCAUGUUGGGGCAGCAGAGAUUUGGGAUAAACUGAAAAGGGAUUCAAAAAAACUCGACAUUCAAGGCAGUUUGUUCCAAAUGUGUAGUAGUUCUGGCUCAGUCAGCCCCAGACCCGUACUACCUGCCUUCCUGCCUUUACUCAUGGUGUCUCUCUCUGCUCUACUGAUCUGGAUCUUCUAGUAGACACAAAAAAGCUUGAGGAAUCCACAUGCAUUCUCCACCUGCUGGAUUUCUAGAGGAAAUAUCUAUCAGUUCUUGGGGACUUCGUCAUUCUUUGCGAUGCUGAAAAAACCCAUCAACAUCUAGGAUUGUGGAAAAGGAAAAAAAAAUAGUUAAUUUAUUUUGUGUUUUUGUUUGCCAAAUGUUACCAAACAGUGAACAACAACAGCCAAAAAACGGACCUCAGCUUUAUAUCUUCAGACAGAAAAGAGAAACCUUGAGCCCUUUUUUUUCCUUUUUUUCUUUUUUUGUUGGUGUUUGCAAAAGUAACUCAGGAAAGGCCCUGGGCCAAGUAAUAAUAAUAAUAACAAUAAUAAUUACAAUAAUAAUAACAACAGUAUGAGGAGGAUAUGAGAUUUGGGCUCAUUUUAGAACAACACACAAUGCAGAGAUAAAGCCACGGGAUGUCCACUCCAUCUAUAAUGUGCUGUAGAUGUUCACACGUGAAGCAUAUGGUCAAACUCACAAUCUAAUGUACUCCAUAACCCCUUCACCGAACCACAUUUUCUCCAUCACACAGCAAAUACCGUAUGUAACCAAGAAAAGGGUAGCUAAGAGCACAGUAACAGAAAUAUGUAUCUACCACGCAGAACAGCGUCUAGAUUAGUAAAUGAAUGAAUGGAUUCUUGGGUGAGUGAAUAAGUAAGUGAAUGGUUAUGUACGUUCUGCCAAGAGAUUUUAGCUUUACCUGCUGUUGCCAAGAUUUCUUUCAGAGUCCACUGCCUUUAUUUAUUUUUUUCUUGGUUUUAGAUGUUCCACAUAUUACUUAAAUAGCCCAUAGUGUAAACCACAAGUGGGGAAAUACAUGUAAAACCGUACAAUAGUUAUAUAUAAAUAUAUAUUAAAAGAAAAUUAUACAAAAUAAAACAUUUUGACAUAAAAGAGAGCCUUGAUUUUAAAAUAAAUUAAUAAAUGUAAUAAAAAAAAAAACAAAGUUUAUUAUAAACUCAAAUCAGCAAAAAAAUAUUUGCUACAAAGUAUAGUAAAAAAAAGAGUAUUAAAUAAAAUUAUUGUUUCAAAAAAAGAAA